GUUAACGGAGAGUUUCAGGUACUGUGAUCUUUUUUUGCGUCAAUGCGUGUCCAUAACGUUAUUUCCACUUAUCUCCAGCAUGAAUGACUCCUGCCAGGCCUUCCAUGGUCGAAUGUAUAUCUAUCUCCGGAAGGUCGUCUACUAACGUGUAUUCCUUUCUUCGUGAAUCUUACCCAGAACGUACCCUCUUACACAGUUGUUCUUUCCCUCAAGAUGGCGGACGUCAAAUCCCACGAAACCUCGGCGGCUACCUCCAUCACCGACCUAUCCAAACCCAUUCAACCUACCGUUGACAACAAUUAUGAGAAACACGAACAAGAGGUCGAUCUCGAUCGACAAGACUCAGCCCAAACCGUCCCGAUUGAAAACGAGAAAGAUGAAGACAUGGGCCGCGAAAUCUCCCGCAUUGAUACUGCCGACUAUCCAGCAGCAUUCCCCCUGCUCAUGAUUGUCAUUGCUUUGAUGGCCAGUAUCUUCCUUGUCGCUCUUGAUAUGACCAUUGUCGCCACUGCCAUUCCCCGAAUCACGGACCAGUUCCACUCUGUCGACGAUAUCGGUUGGUACGGUAGUGCUUUCUUCCUCACGAUCGGCUCUUUCCAGGCCACGUGGGGUAAACUCUACAAGUACUUCCCUCUAAAGAUCUCCUACUUGUGCAGUAUCGUCAUUUUCGAGAUUGGCUCGUUGAUCUGUGCGGUGGCCAAAGACUCAACCACUCUUAUCGUCGGCAGAGCUGUGGCUGGCAUGGGUGGUGCAGGCAUUGCUUCAGGCGGUUAUACAAUCAUCGCUUUCUCCGCGCCACCAGCAAGACGUCCUGCACUCACCGGUGCUCUCGGCGCAACAUUCGGUAUCGCUUCAAUCAUUGGUCCCCUGCUGGGCGGCGUUUUCACCGACCAUCUCACAUGGCGAUGGUGCUUCUACAUCAACCUUCCCAUUGGCGGCGUUGCUGGUGGCCUCAUCUUCCUGUUCUUCCGCACUCCCAAAGGUGCCAGGCCACAAGCAGCAACGUUGAGGGAGAAAUUCUUGCAGAUGGACUUUCCCGGCACUUUCACCAUCAUGGCAGCGUGUGUCUGCUAUCUCCUCGCAAUGCAAUGGGGUGGUGCCACCAAGUCAUGGUCUGAUGGGUCCGUCAUUGCAUGCCUGGUCCUGUUCGGACUCUUGGUCAUCACUUUUGUGGUUAUCGAAUACAUUCAAGGCGACCGCGCUUUGCUCCAGGGUCGACUUCUCAAGGACCGGACAAUUGCCGCCAUGUCAGCUUACAUCUUUUUCGUCGCCGGCAUCUUCUUUCUUCUUCUCUACUAUCUUCCCAUUUACUUUCAAGCAACUCGUGGCAUUUCGGCGGCCAAAUCCGGUAUCGACAACCUGCCUCUUGUCUUUGGUGCAUCCUUGUUGACGAUCGCUUCUGGCGGUCUUCUCACUUUCUGGGGAGAGUACAUCCCACCCAUGGCAGUCGGCUCUGCCAUUGCCGCCGUGGGUUGCGGACUCCUCUUCACCCUGGAAAUUGACAGCGGUCAUUCCAAAUGGAUAGGUUAUCAGGCGCUUGCAGGUAUUGGUGUCGGUCUUAUCUUCCAAAUACCCGUCAUUGUGGUGCAAGCCAUCGUCAAGCCUUCCGACCUCAGUUCAGUCUCAGCCAUCAUUCUCUUCUUCCAGACGAUUGGAGGAGCCAUUUUCAUCAGCGCCGGACAAGCUGGCUUUACCAACAAAAUGCUCAAGGAGAUCCCCAACAAAGUUCCUGGCGUUAGUCCGUCAUUGGUCGUUGCGACUGGUGCGACGGAUCUGAGAAAUGUCUUUUCAGCCGCCGAGCUUCCAGGCAUCCUCUCCGCCUACAUGGAAGGUCUCCGAGUGCCGUUCGCUAUUGCCAUUGCUUGUGCGUGCGUCACAUUCUUGCUAGCGUUCACGCCCAAGUGGGAAAGCAUAAAGGGCAAAGUUAAGCUGGAUGGUCCAGCUGCUUGAGGUUGAAAAACGGUCUGAUGAGUCUAUUCACGUCUCUUCAGUACGACAAUCCUUCGGGAUGGUCUUCUCCGCCUUUCUCCGCUUUAUGUCAUUACUAG